GCGAAGCACUAUAGAAGUGGCAGUGCUACUGCGACGUGCGUGUUCCCCCUCUAAAUUCACACGUCAAAUCAACGUGAAACACGGUGCAUUCUCCCCUCCCACCGUCCCAACUCCCACGUCCGGCUCGGCUCGGGCCUCUCCGUGCCAGAGAGUUUCACUCCUCGCGGAGAAGGAAAAACCGGAGGCGCGCGCGCAGUCGUGGCCGGGGUUGGGAAGAUCCGAGAGGCAAGGGGCAAGGGCGGCGUGCGGGUCUGCAGGAUCAGGAUCCCGAAAAGCUAGCCCGCGGCGAAGUAAUAAUAACUGCUCCUCUGAAUCUCUCCGAUCCUCUCGAACCACGAGAAGCUCAGCAGUUUCGGCUCCGCGCGCCGCCUGCCUCUCGGUCGACAGCACAGUAAAUUCCGCCGGCGCGUGGUGCAGCUUUGCCGGCAGCGUGCCGCUCCCACGGCCAUUUACUUCGCCUCCUCUCCUGAGGCAGGCGCGCGGCUGGAGACGGGAAGACCGGGGAGGACAGGAGGAUGGUGCCGGCCGGCGACCAGGCGGAGGAGGCCAUCGUGGCGGACGCCGGGAAGGAGGAGGCGGAGGUGCGCGCGGCCAUGGGCGUCGAGCAGGACGGCAAGUUCAGCAUGACGAGCCUCCUGUGGCACGGCGGCUCCGUCUGGGACGCCUGGUUCAGCUGCGCCUCCAACCAGGUACGACCAACCACGAACGACCUCGUCAUGCCUCUCGCUCACAUUUCGUUUGGAAUUUUGCAGGUGGCGCAGGUGCUCCUGACGCUGCCGUACUCCUUCUCGCAGCUCGGGAUGCUCUCGGGCCUGCUGCUGCAGGUGUUCUACGGCCUCAUGGGCAGCUGGACCGCCUACCUCAUCAGCGUCCUCUACGUCGAGUACCGCGCCCGCAAGGAGAAGGAAGGCGUCAGCUUCAAGAACCACGUCAUCCAGUGGUUCGAAGUUCUUGAUGGGCUCUUGGGCCCGUACUGGAAGGCGGCCGGCCUCGCCUUCAACUGCACCUUCCUGCUCUUCGGCUCCGUCAUCCAGCUGAUCGCCUGUGCAAGUAACAUAUACUACAUCAACGACCGGCUGGACAAGAGGACAUGGACGUACAUAUUCGGGGCGUGCUGCUCCACCACGGUGUUCAUCCCCUCCUUCCACAACUACCGCAUCUGGUCCUUCCUUGGCCUCGGCAUGACCACCUACACCGCCUGGUACCUCGCCAUCGCCGCCGCCGUCCACGGCCAGGUCGACGGCGUGACGCACUCGGGCCCGAGCAAGAUGGUGCUCUACUUCACUGGCGCCACCAACAUCCUCUACACUUUCGGCGGACACGCCGUCACUGUAGAGAUCAUGCACGCGAUGUGGAAGCCGCAGAAGUUCAAGUACAUCUACCUGGUGGCGACGCUGUACGUGUUCACGCUGACGCUGCCGUCGGCGUCGGCCAUGUACUGGGCGUUCGGCGACGCGCUGCUGACGCACUCGAACGCCUUCUCGCUGCUGCCGCGGUCCGGGUGGCGCGACGCGGCGGUGAUCCUGAUGCUGAUCCACCAGUUCAUCACGUUCGGGUUCGCGUGCACCCCGCUCUACUUCGUGUGGGAGAAGGCGAUCGGCAUGCACGGCACCCGCAGCGUCCUCACCCGCGCGCUCGCCCGCCUCCCCAUCGUCGUGCCCAUCUGGUUCCUCGCCAUCAUCUUCCCCUUCUUCGGCCCCAUCAACUCCGCCGUCGGCGCGCUCCUCGUCAGCUUCACCGUCUACAUCAUCCCCUCCCUCUCCCACAUCCUCACGUACCGCUCCGCCUCCGCCAGAUUGAAUGCGGCGGAGAAGCCGCCGCCGUUCCUGCCGAGCUGGAGCGGGAUGUUCGUGGUGAACGUGUUCGUGGUGGCGUGGGUGCUGGUGGUCGGGUUCGGCCUCGGCGGCUGGGCCAGCGUCACCAACUUCAUCAAGCAGAUCGACACGUUCGGGCUCUUCGCCAAGUGCUACCAGUGCCCACCCAGGGCGCACGCCGGGGCGCCCCUGCCGGCUCCGCCGCGCCACUAGCCAAAAAAACCGAGUGCCACGCCGCGACGGCGCGACGCCGCGCGCGGGCCGGUGACAAAAGGAGCUAGCUUCCCCGCGGGCGUCUUGCCUUUGUGUAGUAGGACAGCAGGUCAGCAGCAUACAUGGUAGGACAGCGCGUGGGUCACUGACUAGAUUUACCGCCCUGCAGGGGCUUCCCUAUGCUGCGGAGUCUUCAGUUCAUGUGUGUUGUUGGCAACUUUGCGUCGUCCUCUUUUGUUUGGGAGUUGGAUGUGAACUUGGUCGUAAUUUGUAGGUUCUUCUGUUCAUGUUACAUGCCAAUAUAAAACGCCAUAUUUGUUCAUGUUUCAUGCGGGUAUAAAACACCAUAUGAAUAUGAUUGGAUCAUGAAA